GUGUACCUGCGUAUGUAUGUGUAUGUAUGGAAUCGCUGCCAUCUUUGUCAUUUCUUGGCGUGGUGCAUUGGCGUGUAUGACCGGCUAGAUCACUGAUUUUUAAAUAUAUAAUCGUAUUUAUGUGUUUUGUGUCUAUAGAUGUGGAAAUUCGAUAAUAAGUUUAUCAUGAGUAUGGACAGUAUCGAAAAAUUGUACAAAAAUUUUGGCAUUUUGGCUGAUGCCAAAGAUAAAUUGGCUGAGCAUGAGAAAGAGUAUUUAGAAAUUCUAACAGCAGUGAAAGGAUCACCGAAAGAAAAACGAUUAGCAUCGCAAUUCAUUGCAAGGUUUUUUAAAUAUUUUCCAAAAUUAGCUGAUCAGGCUAUAGAUGCUCAUUUGGAUCUAUGUGAAGAUGAAGAUAUGGCUAUAAGAAAACAAGCAAUUAAAGAUUUACCUGCAUUAUGUAAGGAUAAUAAAGAACAUACAGCUAGAAUUGCAGAUAUUUUAGCUCAAUUACUUCAAGCUCAAGAUCCAUCUGAAUUAGCUGUUGUUCAUAAUAGUGUUAUGUCCCUUAUGAAAACUGAUCCAAGAGGAACAAUAAGUGGAUUUUUUAGUCAAAUCAUCAAUGGGGAUGAUGGAACACGGGAACGUUGCAUUAAGUUUCUAGCAACAAAAUUAAAAGCAAUAGGUCAUGACAUUAUUACUAAAGAACCAGAAGAUCUUUUAAUUUCGGAAUGCAAGAAAGUGUUACAGGAUGUUACUGCUGAUGAAUUUCAUAGCAUUAUGGAAGUACUUGCAUGGACUAGAUUAGGUUCAACAAUUAGUGGACAACAAGAAUUAGUAGAUAUUACAGUUGAACAAGCUGAAUUGUCUGAACCAUUCAAGCAUACUAAUGUUGAACAAUGGAACAGACUUGUACAAUGUAUUAAACAUGCACUUCCAUUCUUUAGUUCUCAAAUAGAUUCAUCACGAUUCGUUUCUUAUAUUUGUGUACAAGUUUUACCACACCUUUCUUUAAUUACUUCACCCAAUGGAAGAGAUGUACAAUUGGAAUUAUUAAAGCUUCUUGCUGAAUUAGCUGUAUUUUGUGGAACAAUUGAUAAACCAGAAGAAAAAGUACAGCAACUUUAUAAUACUCUUAUUACAUAUAUGCCACUACCUCCAGUCACAGAAAUAACUGAAGUACCAAAAUUACAAUUCAGUCAUGUUGAGUGCCUUAUGUAUACUUUUCAUAAACUGUGUAAACAAACUCCGGAAUUUUUAAUGAAAGAUCCAGAACAGCUUAAGGAAUUUAGAUUAAGAUUACAGUAUUUUGCACGUGGCAUUCAAGGUUAUAUAAAAAAAUUACGGGAGGCAAUUAGCGGCAAAUCGGAAGAAGAGUUGAAGUCAGAGGAAAAUCAAUUAAAAGUUGUUGCUUUAAAAACGACAAAUAAUAUUAAUAGUUUAAUCAAAGAUCUGUUUCAUUCGCCACCUAGUUUUAAAAGUAUUAUACAUCUUUCAUGGAAAACAACAGCUAAUGAUAAGAAGAAUGAAAAGCAUUCGUCUGCUCAAAAAAGACAUACGCCCAUUACAUUUGGAAAUGACAGUAAUUCAAAUAAACGAAGUAAAGAAGAUAAAAGUAAAAGAGAAUUGUAUACUCCACCUAGUGGAAAAUACAGUUCAAACAUAUCAUCAAAUUAUGGUCGAGGUAGAUUUAGAGGAAAUAGGUCAGGUGGUCGAGGUGGUUAUAGACCAAGAGGUCGUGGAACAUGGAGAAAAAAUUUUUAUUAAUUAUUUAAUUACUGGAAUUGUUGAAAAAUGAAAUAGUAAAAGCUCCAAUAAUAUAAAAGACUAAACCAGUUCUGUAAAAUGUACAUAUUAAGAUGAAGGACUUAAAAGUGAUUAUUUACCGAAAGUGAAUUUAAGAGAAGUGACAAAGGGAGAAAUACAAUUUUUUAUCCUAUAAAUCUUAGUGUAAAAAAAGUGUUUUUUUUUGUGAAAGCUUUAAGUACAUAUACAAGUUUCAAAUACAAAAUUGUAAGAAUUGAUUGUUUACUAAACAUAGUGAUAAUGCCAAUAAUGAAAUAUUGACAUUUAAAGAAGAGAAGAGAACAUCGCUGUGUAAUGCUGUAUUAAUGGUGUUAUGAGAACCUUUUUUUAUAUUCAUUGUUAAAUAACUGGAAAAUACAAUUUGAAGAAACCUGAGUUUACAAAAGUGAACAACUAUGGAGAAAGAAGUGAAGAAAAUGAUAUCAUGAA